AUGAACGAAACUCCUCCCCUUGUUUACAGUGCGGUCAAAUCAAGCGUGAAAUAUCGUCUCGCGAGAUUACAGAAAGCCCUAAAUGCCAACCGUCAGAAAGACAAGUACGUCGGAAAGAGAUGCCGAAGGGAUAUGAGAUGUAAGCUGACGUUUAAAGUAUGGGGAUAUGUACGAUCAGAGGUAAAUUUUCGUCCGGGAAUUAUUGCAUCAGGCCGCUUAAUUGAAAAUAGGGAGUGGACACUGAUUGAAACCAGAACACGUCAAGAUAGGGGUGCUAAAUUCGCAUUUGACAAGAUUGAUUUCUUUGUAACCAUCAAACGCAAGCCCACGUUCAUCAUAAUCAACGUGAUACUCCCGAUAAUCUUCAUGGCUAUAACAAAUAUGCUAGUAUUUCUAUUACCCGUUGAAUCCGGGGAGAGAAUUUCAUAUUCCGUCACCGUUCUGCUUGCUAUUGCAGUCUUCAUGACUUUGGUUGGAGAAAAUCUGCCGAAGACUUCAGAAACGAUGCCAAUACUUAGCUACUAUCUGAUAAUUCUAUUGAUUCUAAGCACACUUGUGACUGUGACAACGAUACUGAAUCUGAAGAUGUUUUUCAAGAAAGGUAAAGUACCAGCUUGCCUGAGGUUUUUGUUCAGAAUCCUAUUCUGUUUCCCCUGUAGAUUCAGAAAGAAGAAAAUUGACCGAGUUAACAAAGUUGACGUGGUCUCAACCAUUACUGCAGACAACUUGGGCAAAGAGGAGCCAGAAAUCACAUGGCAGGAUAUCAGUGUCGCCGUUGAUAGGAUUGCUUUGGUAGUUUUCCUUCUUGGAACAAUAGCGGUCAACGCCGUAUUCCUUGUGAUUCUAGCGAAAAAUAAAAAUGUCGCUUUUAAUGAAAUAUAAUCGGAUUGCAGCAUGGCUAAAACAAACGCUUCGCCUUAAGGCCAAUGUUGCAUGUAUCAAACAAAUUUCUGUGAAUUUCAUCUUUGCCAAAUAUACACAAUAGCUACUGAACUUUAAAACGUCGUGUCGAUUCAAGAAACUACCAUCUGCAGUAAUCAAUGACGAAAAUCACUGCAAAACUGUGGCAAAAACUGCUCUGAUUGUUCUUACAUGAAGUUGAAAUUAUUAAACAGUUAUAGUUACAUGUCAUAAGAUUAUUCUAUGGAAAAUUUAAUCAUUUGACACGGUAGAAUAAAAGAAAGGAAACAUUG